AUGGCGACUUUGUUAUGGGCCCUCCAGUCAGUGAUCCCCUUGGAUCCCUCGCUGCUCACUCUCGUCGAUGUGGGGAAGGUCAACACGGCGGGCACCCGCCUCCUGGGUCUGCUGCCCCUGUGCCAGCUCGUCAUGGAGGCGGUUGCCCGACUCCUGCCUCAACGCCAUGUGGCAGCAUCUGGGCAGGGCUCGCUGCCAUACUCUGACUUCACACGGCAGCGCCUGGAGGCAGGUGAGCAGCUGUUACUGCAGGGCUGCACUUCAGCCGAUCACCACGAUCGCUGCUGUGCAGUUUUGUGCAUGGCUGGCUGGCUGAAUGGGCUGCAGGCCUGGAGAGGGGUGGCACCUGACUGGGUGCUUUCCAUGGCACUUCGUUUGCGGGGCCAGCUUCUUGAUCUGUGCCAUGAAGCAGACAUCCAUUCUCAGCUUGCUCAUUCUGGAAGCCGGCCCUUGGGCCAGCCACAUGACUCAACUGCAGGCAUGCAAAGCAAUUCGGCACUGCUGGAACACGAUGCAGCAGUCGAUCCUUCUUUGCUAUGGGCCAGCCUUUACAGGGCUUGCCUGGGAAUCGCAGUUGCCAGGGCGGUUCCUGUGGAUGAGGUGGUGCAGAGGAGGGAGGCAUCAGCAGAGGCCUUGGCAUUCACAGUGACUGCGCUGUUGGACUUCUGCCUUCCUCUGGAUGGCAUCUUCGUUGCAUCGCAAAGGGGCUUUGCCCCAGGCGCUGCAAACGCCUGGCUAAUGGCCCAUGCUCAAGGUGCCCUUGAGGCAGAGACGUGGACACUGACACGCAUGACUGCUGCGCUUGGUGGGGCAGCCCCGGGGAUGGAGGCCUUUGCUGCUAUGCAGAGGUUUCGGGACUGUGCCACAAGGCUUCACAGAGAGUAUAGCGCCUACCUUUUGGGUACGGACGAGGGGUGGAUGCAGGAAGUGAACGGCCAGAUGGUGGGUAGGAUAUUGAGCAGGAUGUUCCACUGUUGUGUCAGCAUCAUGUUGGAAGCACUGCAAAACACAGACCUCGGGGAACAGGAAGCAGGGCAUUUGCCACAAUCUCCCCCUUUGAAUGAUGGCACAGUGCCAUUGUCGGCAGUUACUGGCAGGUCAGCUUUGGAAGCGAGUGCCCAUGCCAUCUUAGCUGACCAUGGAACCCAUCGGCCUGAUCGUGCCCAACUCCAGGUUCCUGGCACAGUGAAGCUAGCCUCUGCGAAGGCGCUGGUGUCUCUGGACCUCCUGGCCCAUCUGCAGUUCUGCCGCACUGCCAGCUCAGAAUAUGCACUGCUGGUGCAGAAGGCGAUCGCCUGUGCAGCAGCAUCUCCUGACGCCGCCACAUCAACGCUGGCACUCCUUCCAGAUUAUGUCUCCCUGGUGGCGCCAAUACAAGGGGAAGGGACACCAGGCGUGUGGAAUUCUGACCAGCUGCUGGCUAGCCGUAUGGUGUUUCUCAUGCGGGUUUUACCAGCUGCGCUGCACGCGUUCGUCACCAUUCCUCCAGAGCACAGACGCCUUGCAUCACCCUCUGUUGACAGUGCCAGUCAGCGUGGUGCAGCAUGCAUCGAGUUCCUGGCCCCGUAUGCGUUCCUUUAUCUCCACCACCAAGACGCCAGUGCCCGCACUUCAGCCCACACCUUCUUCAGGGCUCUAGUGGAAGCGGCGUCCAGCUGCGGGGUCCCUUACCUCGUGGAGGACCUGGCCCCAUUCUACGUCCACAGGUGUAUGGACUCGCUACGCCUGCUGCAUUGGGAGCCGUUUUCGCUCUGUGUGGCGUCGAUUCUGAACAAACUGCCCAAGGGCAGCUCGGUGGCUGGGCAGUGUAUCAGCUGCAUCUCGUCCGCUGCUCAGGCGCUCGCUGUGGAUCAGCCGAAAGGGAGUGCAGAGGAAGCAGAGGUGCAGCAAUCCAAUGGCCCCAGGUCUACUGGCAUCUCCGUGCCCGCCAGUGAAGGGGACUGGGAGGAUGGAGAGAGACUGUUUGAGGUAUUGUGCCGGUGCCUCUUGUGGGUGUCGCCGGGGGCGUUGGGAGAGACUAUGGAUAUAAUAGAGCGCUCUUUGGUGGGCUUGGGAAGCGAGCGAGCCACAGAGCGCAUGGAAACAUUGUAUAGGAUUGUGUCUGGGAACAGAGACUACACCAGGCGUCUGCCCCUGGCAAGGUGGCAUUUAAGACUGAAGUCACGGGUUUUGAGCGAAUGA